UUAUCUUUUAACAGAAACGGUGAAGUUAUAUCCAAAUUUGAGACCAAUAAGGUACCAAGACACAGCAAGCUAAGAGACCAAAAAGGCUGUAACUACACAUAUCAAUGGCGGCCUCGAGCUGCCAAUUUCAACUUACAUACUAUAUUAAUUAUAACGUCAGGCCUAUAAAAGUGAAGAAGACAAAGUCAUUCAUCUGUUGCUCAGUACAGCCAUCUCAAAACAAUGUGAAAGUAAUCAUAAAUGGAGCUGCAAAGGAGAUAGGAAGAGCAGCCGUAAUUGCUGUGACUAAAGCUAGAGGUAUGGAAGUGGCUGGUGCUGUUGAUACUAAUUUUGUUGGACAAGAUAUUGGACAGGUUUGUGACAUGGAAGAACCUCUAGAAAUACCGAUAAUAAACGACCUUACAAUGGUGUUGGGUUCAAUAUCUCAGUCAAAGGCAACUGGGGUAGUCAUUGAUUUCACUGACCCUUCUACAGUUUAUGACAAUGUCAAACAGGCAACAGCAUUUGGGAUGAAUAGUGUAGUUUACGUGCCAAGGAUUAAGCAAGAAACUGUCAUGGCUUUAUCUAUGUUCUGCGAGAAGGCCAGCAUGGGUUGCUUGGUUGCACCAACUCUUUCAAUUGGAUCCAUACUUCUCCAGCAAGCAGCAAUUUCAGCUUCUUUUCACUAUAACAAUGUAGAAAUUGUUGAGUCUAGAGCAAAUGCAGUGGAUUUUCCAACCCAGGAUGCAGUUCAAAUUGCUAACAACCUUUCCAAUUUGGGUCAGCUGUAUAAUAGAGAGGACAUUUCCACUGAUAUUCCGGCAAGGGGUCAAGUUCUAGGGGAAGACGGAGUACGUGUUCACAGCUUGGUUCUACCAGGGCUCCCGUCUAGUACGUCAGUAUACUUCUCAAGGCCAGGAGAGGUUUACACACUAAAGCAUGAUAUCACGGAUGUGCAAUGUCUCAUGCCAGGCUUAAUUCUAGCCAUUAGAAAAGUUGUUCGCCUCAAGGUACCUAUCAAAGAACCAUGUCUUGACAUAUUUCACCAUGACACUAAACAACAUACUCUUUGUUUUUCCUUGGCAGAACCUGGUCUAUGGCUUGGAGAAGUUUUUAUAAGAAGCAGACAGUAAGAGGCUAAAGGGACUGUAGGCAACAUCCAGAUAUCUUGUGAGGAGAACAUGAAUGGGGAGACAUGCAGUCAAGAGAGAAAUUCCCAAAAUCUGCUGUCAAAGAGCGUGUUGGAUCACAAUAUGCGACUUAUUAAACAGCUAAUAAAAUCUGAGAAUAUAUGUUUUUCCCAUGCCGCCUAAAAGCGAAAAUAUAGAAAUUGUACCCUCUAAAAACUUUCAGACCUAUACUGAAUAAUUCCCUUUUUUUUUUCUUUUUUAUUGAGGGAUCACUUAAACUUUUUAUCUAAA